GUGCGGGCAGCGGCGUCGCGAGGGGUCCUGACGCCGCCGGGUCCGGCGCCUCCAAGAUGGCGGCGGUGUGAGGCGGAGGCGCCGUCUCCGCUCUCCGCCCCGCGGCCGAGCGGGAUGCUGCGGUCCACCGGGUACUUCCGCGGCAUCGACUGCCCCUUCCUCACCGCCGCGGGGGGCCCGCCAUGCCGUCGGCCCUACUGCCAUUUCCGGCACCCCCCGGUCGCGGCGGCGCGGUGCGGAGCCCCCGGGGCGGGCGUCGCGCUGGGCCUCGGCGCAGAACGGGGCUAUGAUCCCUACAACCCUGAGCUGCCGAGGCCCUCGCUGGAGGCGGAGGAUGGUGCCCUGGCCGAUCUUACAGACAUGACGCCUGGCAUCCUGGAGCUUGAACUGGUCAACAAAGCCAUUGAGGCAGUCAAGAAUGAAGUUGAGAGAGAGCAGAAGAAGUAUGAGGAGCUGCUGGAAACAACAAAGGAGCUCAGGGCCUCUGAUGCCUCGCUCAUUUCCGAAACACCUGUGUCGGCUGCUGUGACACAAAGUGAUUUGUUUUCCUCCUUAGAAUAUAAUCCGGGUAGCUACAACUUCAAUAAUAACUCCGACUACAACCCUACUCCUUUUGCUGCUGCUGGCCAGUCAAGUAAAUACACUUUGGAUUCUUUACGAUCUAAAGGUAACUCGCUGGAAUACGUCCCCAAGGCUGUAGCACAGACUAAAAAAUACAGCAGCACUGUCACUAACAAUAAAUAUGUGAUCGAUGACACUAAGCCUUCUACUGACUUGGAGUAUGACCCGCUUUCAAAUUACUCCGCCAGGCUUUUGAGCAAAGCUACAACAAAGGAGCCAAAGGGGUCCAAAAGGGGAAGGGCCCCUAGCUACGAGGAUUCCUAUUCUCCUUCACGAAAGAAGCUCUGUGAAGUACCCGAUGAGUACGAAGUGUGUGCCAGGUUCUCCUCCUCUGAAGACGAGGCCGAUGCAGAAUACAAAUCGACUUCUGUUAGCUCUCCGUCGAAAGCCGGUUCGGGAAGCGAGUCGGACGAUGGGUUAUCCAGCAAGGAGCGGAGCGCUGCCCUGGGAGACUUCACUGCUCAGGAUGGUAAAGAAACGGCAGCGAAACGUGGCAUGGAGGACCUUCCUAGUGCACAGAAAAUCCCUCCUAAAAACGUAUCAGAGAAGAACGCCAAAGCAGCAAAAUCGUAUCCUGGUAAGAAUGACCAGGAGACUGAAAGUAAAAGCAAAGACUCGAAAGACAAAACAAAGAGGAAGAAAUCGGAUGUUAGUAAAACGCCCGGCCUCGGUGAGGUUAGUAAGAAAGAGAAAAGUAAAAAUACAGAAAAAGACAAAGUGGUCAAGAAAGAAGAAAAAUUAAAAACGAAGAGCGAGGAGAAAAACUGCAGAGACAAAAGUGUUAAAGCGAAAACCGAUGGGAAUUUAAAGAAACCUGAUAAACACAAGUCGGAAAGAGUGGAUGAGCUGAAGAAAGAGAAGUCCAAGAGUUCCAGUAGUAGUUCAGGGAAAAGCAAGAAUGAGGAUGUCAGCAAAGGUGCAGGCACGGAGAGGCUGGGCAGCAGCAAGAAAGAGUCUAAGCUGAAGACAGCUGAUGGGAAGAACGGUAAGGAAACAUCUAGCAGUAAAAACAGAGACAAAGGGACCAAGGCCUCAGCAGUGGAGCAAAAGAAGGAGAAGGUCAGUCCUGCAGGAAAGGGAGAGCCAAAGAAGGGUCAGAAGCAGCAGAGCCUGAGUCAUGUUGACCUCUUUGGAGACGAGAGUGGGGAUGAGGACGACAAGGGCAAACCGACGCCAUCCACGUUGCCUGACGUGAGCUCGGACUCGGAUGGUGACGACAGCGGUUCGGAUUCCCAGAGCGAAAAUGAAAAGACGAAGAAAGCGAAGCGUUCUAAAUUGUCUAAGUCGUCGUCUUCUUCCUCGGCGUCUGAUGACAUCGAUUAUUCCAUCCUAGAGAAGGACUUGGACUUUGAGUCAGACCCCAUGGAAGAGUGUCUGCGAAUUUUCAAUGAAUCCACUGAUGUGAAAACUGAAGACAAGGGGAGGCUGGGGAAGCAGCCAUCAAAGGAAGAAGUAAAUAAAGAAAAGACAGAAGAGAAUUUAACCACCUUGUUUCCCGGCCAGAAACGAAGGAUCUCUCAUCUUGUCAAACAAGGCAAUGCUGAGGUCCCGAACAAGCCUGUAGUCCGGCCGUACCGUCCGCCCACGGCGCAGGAGGUGUGCUACCAGAGGAUCCAGCUGGCCCAGCAGCAGGCGGCACAGCUGGCGGUGGCUGUCCAAAAGGCUUCCCUGUCUUUGCCAGGAGAAAAGAGGAGGAUUGCUCACGUGCCAAAUGUAGCCCUUACUGCAGCAGUCAAGCAAAGCCUGGUGAGUGGCAAGAAGACUGCUGCUGGCAAGAGUGGCACAGCUGCCAAUGACUCCGAAGCUCCCACCCUUCCUCUGAAGGCUUGCACCUUAGCUGGGAUGGCUUCUAAGACCACCAGCACCACUGUGCAGAAAAGGAUAGCGCACGUUCCCUCCUUGCAGAGCGCCAGCUUACAGAGGCCUGUUAUUCCCACAGAAUUUGGUGCUAAAGUCCCAACAAACAUUCGUCAAAGAUAUCUCAAUCUCUUCAUUGAUGAGUGCCUGAAAUUCUGCUCCUCCUCCCAGGAAGCGUUUGAUAAGGCUCUGGCAGAAGAGAAGGUGGCUUACGAACGCAGCACCAGUCGCAACAUCUACCUGAACGUGGCAGUGAACACCUUAAAGAAGCUCAGGAGCCUCGUGCCCAAUUCCCCCUCCAGUACGAACAAAACGAGUAACAAGAAGGUGGUGUCCCAUGAAGCUGUGCUGGGAGGGAAGCUUGCUGCCAAGACCAGCUUUACCCUGAACCGGUCAGGGAGCUUGAAAGCAGAGGAUUUAACAGGAGCUGCCUUGUACCGGCGACUGAAGGAGUAUCUCAUGACCGAGGAGCAGCUGAAGGAGAACGGUUACCCCAUGCCUCACCCGGAGAAGCCGGGCCGUGCCGUCCUCUUCACGGCGGAGGAGAAGAAGAGCACUGACUCCUCCUGCAGGAUUUGCUGUCGCUGUGGCACCGAGUACAUGGUCUCAGCCUCUGGAAGCUGCAUCCGCAAAGAGGAGUGUGUCCAUCACUGGGGGAGGCUGCGCAAGCAGAGAGUGCCAGGUGGAUGGGAAACUCAUUACAGCUGCUGCUCAGGAGCUGUGGGUUCAGCAGGCUGCCAGGUUGCUAAGCAACACGUCCACGAUGGGCGGAAGGAGAGCCUCGAUGGCUUCGUGAAGACCUUUGAGAAGUUGCCUACGACGGAUGGUUACCCCGGAAUCUUCGCGUUAGACUGUGAGAUGUGCUACACUAAGCAAGGACUGGAGCUGACGAGAGUAACUGUGAUCAACUCUGACCUGAAAGUGGUAUACGACACGUUUGUCAAACCAGACACCAAGGUGGUGGAUUACAACACCAGAUUCUCAGGUGUGACAGAAGAGGACCUGGAGAACACUAGCAUCACCCUGCGGGAUGUCCAAGCCGUGCUACUGAACAUGUUCAGUGCAGACACCAUCUUGAUAGGGCACAGCUUGGAAAGCGAUUUAUUUGCACUAAAGCUUAUCCAUGGCACAGUGGUGGACACGGCGAUCGUCUUUCCCCACCGCCUGGGCCUUCCUUACAAACGGGCUCUCCGGACGCUGAUGGCAGACUACCUCAAGCGCAUCAUCCAGGACAACGUGGAAGGACACGACUCCAGCGAGGACGCCAGAGCUUGCAUGGAGCUGAUGAUCUGGAAGAUCAAAGAAGACGCGAAAGUGAAGCGAUGACCUGCGCUUCCCCUCCCUCCCGUUCCUCCUCCGCCUCUUGGAAGCAGUGCAAUAAAUGCUCAGAGUAACACUGUCCACCCGUACGCAGCAGCAUGCUACCCCAGGCUCCCCGUGCGCUCGCAGGUACCUCAGUGACUGCUGCUGGUGCAGCUGUCAGCUCCAGCCUGCUGCCUGCAGGUCCCUGUGUCCACGUCGUGGCUCUCGGGCCCUCUUUUCUCUGCCUGAGGGGUACCCUGCAGCCCAACAGUUGCCCCGUAGGCAUGGCGAGGUGGUUCUGAGCAGCACAGCUAGAGAGAACUCCGCGGUUCCUCGGAGAAGCUUGUAGAGGUAGCUUGGAUACACGCAGAAGGAUCUUUCUGGUUCAGUUCAAGGUAGAUUAUUGUUGUUGUUAUUAUUUUUUUUUUUUCUCCCAAAUGUAACUUAAAUUGCUUUUGUAGUCCAAAGCAGCGAUCUUCCUGCAGUGCCGGAGGAGAGGGGUGGGAAAUGGAAUGGAGUUGGGCAGGGAGCUGUAAAGGGGAGCGGGUUGUGUGGCUGCUGUGUGCCCGGUGGGUGAGGAUGGAGCCAUCCGAGAAGAGAUGCAGUGCUCCCUGCUGCCCUGAGCCGGGUAAAUGGGGAGUGCUGGCACCCUGCUCCUGCAGGCUGGACGAGGGGGAGCCCCGAGCACCAGAUGUUGCCUGGACCACAGGGAGAUGAGGGGAAAUGCAGCGGUGCCAUGUUGGGGUGUGCACAGCCUGUGCCACCGAGGGACGUGCGGGCUCCAGGGCAGGGGUUUGCUGAGGAGGACAGCAAUGAACGUGGACGCUGCUUCUCCAUGGGUCGGGAUGGGCCGUCCUGCCCCUCACCCAGGCUUCCAGCGUGUCCCCAGGGAGCUCCUGUUCGGGAGCAAGGCUUUGGGGAGGGCCUGGGUGCAGCUGAGCUCGUCCCGAAGGGUGCACGUGUACAGAACCCCCCCCCCACCCUGCUCCAUCUCUGAUGGCAGGGACCCGAUACACGCCAGAGCAAAAGCAAUAGAUGAAAAUACUGUUUUUUCAAUUAGUUUACACGUUGGGAGCUUUCAGAAAAGCAGAGGCUUCCCUUGUUGUUGUGUCAGGCUCCCCGGGGCACAAGCAGUGUGCAGUGUCUGUGUGUGCAGCCGCCCCCAGCUGCUGGCUCUGGUUCCCUGUGCUGGGUGGCAGCCGGAGGGGGGUCCCAGCCUCUUCCCCCCCCACGCUGGGGCUGUGCAGCUCCUGCUGCUCUCAGACCACGGUACACCCCGCUGCCCUCCCAGCCUCGCAGCCGCUUCCUUCGCUGCCCUGGGGCUUCCAGCUGCAGCCGUGCUGGGCAUUUCUCUCCUAGCCCCCCCCCCUCCCAUCACCUGCAGGGAGCGGGGCUGCCCAGGCCCCCGGGAGGGGCGGUUCAGAGCCUCCUCCCCAGGGAAGGAAGCUGUCUCCUGCCUUUGCCUUCCCUUGGUUUAUCCCGUUUGUCUUCACCCCUGGUGGCAGCGGUGCCGGUACCGGGCACGCCGUCCCUCCUCCCCAUCACCUCUUGGGGGGGGGCUGCUCGCUUGGCUUCACCCCAGAGUCUGCACUCAGGGUGGGCACAGCAUCUCCCCAGUGCAACUGGAGCCCGGGGAGAGGGCUCUGGGUCGUUCCCCUUUACUGGGAGAGGAGCUGGGCGCUGCUGGUGUGGGUGAGAGUUGGACCCGUGUGCUGUCAUUGCCCCCCAGAGCGAGGGACAGCCCCUGAGCCCCCAGCCCCAGUGUGUGUGGGGGGGGAUGCUGUAGAACAGGAGCUUUGUGGCUGCCCAGAGGCUUUCGGGCUGUGUAUAAACGUUGUACCCUGUCACUUUUUGUAAUUGUUUUUAAUAAAAGGGUGUUGAAUAGA